GUAUGCAUUCACUACUGUAAGUCGCUCUGGAUAAGAGCGUCUGCUAAAUGACUAAAAUGUAAAUGUAAAUGGAGGAGACAGAUAAUGGCUACACACUGACAACAGACGGAUUUAAAACCUCUUCCGAGUAUAUGAGGUAAAUUGUGGAAGCGACCACACAAGGAUAGAAAGUAAUGUAUGUAGCCUGUCAGAAAAGUCUUGUCGUUUAUGGUUUUGUUUUAUCUGGGAAAAUAAUCCCAUGGUCUCGAGUCUGCGUGUUUACGCGCGGACAUAGUCGCGUAUUAGAAUUCAUUUGGAAUGGGGAACAACAAAGUUUGUAGAAUGUUUUCCCAGUUGCUGGUUCUGAUUAUUCUUGCACUUUUACGGGGAGCAGAUGGUCAGCAUGGCGACUGUGGAAUGUCCGUUCCUGAACAUGGCUUUGGCCAACCUAUUUCCAUUCCUCUCUGUACGGAUAUUGCCUAUAACGAGACUAUCAUGCCAAAUUUAUUAGGGCACACCAACCAAGAGGACGCGGGGCUUGAAGUGCACCAGUUCUAUCCGCUUGUGAAAGUUCAAUGCUCUCCUGACCUGAAGUUUUUCCUCUGCUCCAUUUAUGCCCCCGUUUGUACGGUGCUGGAACAAGCACUGCCUCCCUGUCGCUCGCUCUGCGAGAGAGCGAGGCAGGGCUGCGAGGCACUAAUGAAUAAAUUCAGCUUCCAGUGGCCUGACAGCAUUGCCUGUGAAUCUUUCCCUGUUUCCCUGUGCUUCUGGCAAAACGUGUCUGAUAGAAGCGCUCCUAUUAAUCCUACCUCGGAUGUAACAGAAUCACCUUAUGGGCAGCGUAGGACUGUAAAGGGACAGUUUAGAUGCCCAGUUGCAUUGAGAGUACCCCCCUAUUUGAACUACUGUUUUCUUGGGGAGGAGGAUUGUGGUGCACCUUGUGAGCCCUCAAAACCACAUGGAAUGAUGUACUUCAAUGAGGACAAGUUGAAAUUCGCCAAGAUAUGGAUUGGAAUAUGGUCUGUGUUAUGCUGCGGGUCCACUCUGUUCACAGUUCUGACCUACUUGGUGGACAUGCAGAGGUUCAGCUACCCAGAGCGACCCAUCAUUGUCCUAUCAGGCUGCUACACCAUAGUAUCAUUAGCCUACAUCGCUGGCUUCUUGUUGGGGGACAAGGUGGUAUGCGACAACCGCUUUGACAGCGACGUCAAAACAGUCAUCCAAGGCACCAAAAAGGAGGGCUGCACUAUUUUGUUCAUGAUGCUCUACUUUUUCAGCAUGGCCAGCUCCAUCUGGUGGGUCAUCCUAGCCUUGACGUGGUUCUUGUCAGCCGGGAUGAAGUGAGGUCACGAGGACAUCGAAGCCAACUCGCAGUACUUCAACCUGGCGGCAUGGGCGGUACCCGCCAUCAAGACCGUCACCAUCCUGGCGGUGGGGCAGGUGGACAGCAAUGUUCUGAGUGGCGUGUGCUACGUGGGCAUUAACAGCGUGUACGCUCUCAGAGGCUUCGUUCUGGCGUUGCUCUUCAUCUACCUCUUCCUGGGCACCUCAUUCCUUCUGGCCGGCUUCGUGUCGCUCUUCCGCAUCCAGACCAUCAUGAAGCAUGACGGCACCAAAACGGAGAAACUGGAGAAGCUCAUGGUGUGCGUCGGCAUCUUCAGAGUGCUCUACAUGGUGCCCGCCACCGUCGUCAUCGCGUGUUACUUCUAUGAGCAGGCGUUCAGGGAACAGUGGGAAAAGAGUUGGGUGAGUCGGACGUGUAAGAACUACGCAGUGCCGUGCCCUGGGCACCACCACACGCAGAUGUCGCCAGACUUUACCGUCUUCAUGAUCAAGUACCUGAUGAUGUUGAUCGUGGGUAUCACCUCUGGCUUCUGGAUUUGGUCGAGUAAGAUGCCAAAUUCGUGGAGGAGAUUUUAUACGAGACUGGCGAGCAAUGAACAGGGUGAGACAACAGCGUAAGACCUAAUACUGUUUGUUGUCCCCUGAACACACACACACAGAUGCAUGAACUGAUGAAAAAGCUACUGUGACACACUUAAAAAAAUAUAUAAUGUUCUCAAUAAGCUUUUUUCUGAGACUUUUUUACGUAUACAUUAUUUGUAUUUAAAAUAGCCCACACGUUUGAUUCUAAUCAAUCACACUUUGAUAUAAAAAGAAGGAACGCUCUUAUCUAGUUCAAUGAGGAGAAUUAGACUGUCUGAACUUUUUCAUUAAUUCUAUUUGUGCUCCAUUGAACUUUUUCAUGUCAUCCCUUUAGUGGUGUUUCAUGUGAACUAUGGGAAGAUCUCAAUUGAAUACUCCUCGCAUCCUCAUCUCCUUCUCAAAAAUGAAUUGGAUGAGAGCCAAUGUUCACUCCCCUGUGCAAUUUAGAUCUUCCCUGUAUUUGAGAAACAGUCAACAAGGUUCUGUUGGACUUUUGCUGUAUUUUAUUGGUCAUAAUAACCUUUUUCACAAUCAUUCCAUAGACCACUAUUUCAAACCUGGUUACAGGCCACUUCAUAGUUUAUUCUCGUUUCUAUUGAAGUAUUUGUUUUACCAUGUGUUUUUAUGGGAUGUCUGAGCAUUCAUUUUUCUUUCACCAUGUGUAUUUUGUGUUUUGGGGAUAUUUUACCAUUAAAGUGAAUGCAGACUUCUCCAAAGAAAUAUUGGAUUAGGGGAUGAGAUCAAUAUCCCUAUGUGUAAACAAAAGCCUGUCGCUAUUGAACUAUUUUGAAUUUAGCACUCAUUCAAAGGCCUUUUACUUACGGGGAUAGAUCCAAAAUUAUUACUUAUUACUUUCUGCACACACAAGCUAUAUCACUGGAAUUGACUUUGACAAUAAUGGAUUGCUCAGUCCAGUGCCUUUGCUUUAAGAGAGUAUGGGUGGAUCUAUUGUGAUUGAAGUCCAAUAAUCCAGCUUUCCAGCUGUCUACACAACUAUCCAUCCUCUUUCUAGUCACCUGGCAUCCUUGAAUGAAAAACAUUCUCAACUUUAAUGAAGAGUCCUCCUUAGAAAUCUGUAACACUGUAGUGUUUCCAUACAUGCAUGUUGCGCAUAAUGUCAUAUUCGUUAUUCUAUAAUUAAGGAAUAAGUCACGGGGGGGUGUGGUAUAUGGCCAAUAUACCACAGCUAAAGGCUUUUCUUUCUGGAUACAAGCCUUAGCCAUGGUAUGUUGGCCAUAUACCGCAAAACCCUGAGGUACAUUAU